CCCUACAGUAUUUCCUACAAUCUCUUAUCAGACCAGCUCCGCCUCCCCAACCUACAAACAGGAAUCAAGUCCGGUACGUAUCACAUAAGCCGCCUUGGAUUUCCUCCUGAUCCUGGCCUCGACCACCCCGUGCACGCCUCUGAGAUACUAUGGGGAGAUAGUCCCGAUCCCCGCCGCAAGGCCCUCAGCCCAUCAUGGCCUUCUUAGAAAUCGCAUGCUUCAACGAAGAAUCCGCAAGCCGUGCAGCGGAAUCCGGCGCCGAUCGCAUCGAGCUAUGCAAGGAGCAGUCACUGGGUGGGACGACGCCCGACCUCUCGACGCUCAUCGCGCUCCGCUCUACCGUCAGCGUUCCUAUAAACGUCAUGAUCCGCCCCCGCAGCGGAGACUUCAUCUACUCCUUUGUGGAGUGCUCGAUCAUGAGGUCUGAUAUCCGCUCGUUUGCUGAGGCCGGCGCGGCGGGUUUUGUGUUCGGGGUCUUGACUGAUGACCACAAAAUCGAUCUUACUUUGAACGCGUGGCUGGUUAGCGAAGCUGCUGGGAAGCCUUGUACUUUCCACCGCGCGUUUGAUGAGCUUGAAGGUGAGGCGGACGAGAUAGAGUUGCAGUUGGAGGUGUUGAUUAAGUGUGGGUUUAAGGCUGUGCUUACCAGUGGUGGGGCGCCGAAUGCCGUAGAGGGGAGGCAGAGGCUGGCAAGGCUGGUAGAGAGGGCUAAUGGUAGGAUCGAUGUGAUUGUUGGUGGUGGAGUGAGGAGUGAUAAUGUGGAGGUUCUGAGGGAGACGGGUGCUAGCUGGUUUCAUUCUAGUGCUAUCGUGGAUGGUGGGGAAGUUGCGAGUGGGCAGGAGGUGAGGGCGUUGAAAGAGAAGCUGGAUUCCUGGCAUUAAAUGCCGUUUCCAUUGUCUACUGAUUAUCUCUGAACAUGUUGGCGAAGGAAUAAAGCGGUGGGUGAAUCUUAGUUCGUUACCCCUAUCUCACAUCCUUCCGUACUGCUUAGAUGCUUCCGCAAUGCCCGGAUCCUUCUGCAUUCAAAUUUGGUCAUCUCAAGCGUCCAGACAGAUCGCUCUGCAAUAAACCGCUAAAGUACAGUACAAUUGAUACCCCAGAGUGGGGUUGCUAAAACAAGUCCCAAUACGCAAAGCGAGUUUGAGUAUAGUAGUUAUUGGGCCCCAUCUUUCAUUGUUUGAGAAUUCUGUCUAGGUAUUGAAACCCCUAUGGGUGGGGAUAUGCUCCUUUUCUUGUUGGGC